UAACUGAUAACGUGGGUGUCAUCAUUAAAACGCCUUGUUUAAUAAUUUUUCAAUAUUGUAAUUUGUAAUUUGCAUUCGUGUCCCGCGAAUAAACACUGUAAUUAAAGUUAUUAUUAUUAUUUCAAUAGACAUAACAAUAAUUAGUUACGAGACUAAUGUGCCAGCCGAUGGACGACCAUUAAACGAACGGUUCGACUAAUAAUAAUAAUUAUUAUUAUCAUCAUCAUCGUUAUACUCGCGUCCUUUACGGUUUGUACUGCUCGAUUGAGACGACCCGGUUGCACUCAAAUCAGUCUUAGCCAUCGAACAAGAUUUUGGCACAGCCGAAAACGCAUCGUUUCGAAAUGAAAUUCAUCGAAGAGAUCAAACGGCGUUUCGGCGCAGCGGUUUACAUAAGAGACGAACAAGUCGUCGACACCAAAAUCUGUCAACUGGUCGAAGGCGGUGUUGAAAAAUUACAAAUAAUAUCGGAUUUUGAUCGGACAAUAUCAACGUCGGUACACAACAAUGAGCCGACAAAGAGCAGCUUUUGCGUAUUCGAAUCUUGUAGCAGCCUGACGGAAGAUUACAAACAGAAGGCUCGCGAGUUGUACAAUAAGUUCCUUCCUAUUGAAGACGAUCCUAACAUGACGGUAGCCGAGAAAUUACCUUACAUCGAAGAUUGGUGGCGACAAAGUGAGCGACUAUUAAAAAAUAUGCGUUUUCGCUAUGAAGACAUCGAGCUGGCAGUCAAACAAGCAGAUGUCAAACUUAGAGAAGGAAGCGCUGAAGUUUUUCAAAAAUUGUACAAACACAAUGUGCCCGUGAUUGUUUUGUCAGCCGGCAUCGGCGACGUGGUAGAAUUGACUUUGAUCCAUGAAAACCUGCUGACCGCCAACGUGUCUGUCGUAUCAAAUUUUCUCGAUAUUGCCGACGCGGACGACGGUUCCACUGUUAUAAAAGGAUUCAAAGGGUCCAAACUCAUUCACGUUUUCAACAAAAACGAACACGCCUACUUAGAAAGCCACAGCAAUGACACCAAACUGAGCGGUCGACUCAACGUGAUUCUCAUGGGUGACUCGCUGGGAGACGCAAACAUGGACGGCGGCAUUGCUUACGACACUGUGUUGCGUAUUGGUUUUCUCAACAGCGAUGUGGAAACCAAAGACGACCCGUAUUUGUUACAAUACGAGCGUGCGUUCGACAUAGUCUUGGUCCAAGAUCAAACCAUGGGUGCGUUCGACUACUUAUUGGAAGAAAUCAUCAACAACAGAUAAUGCAGCGGUUCAGCCGUGUACGUGUCGUGUGGUAUUUUUUUUAUUUAAAAUUGUUUUUACUUUAACACCUAAGCGUAAUAUUGUAUUUAUCGAUUCGGUGCUGUUUUUUUUUUUUCGUUACAUAAUAAACUUCAGUUAUUAACUUAGUAUAAUAAUUUUGACUAGCGUUUGUAACGAGUACAUUCUUGUAAAUUGUGUCGACGAAGACGACGGCGAUCAAUUUGUUGAGCAAAAAGUUAAAUUGUUUUAUUUUUAUCUUUUUAUUUUUCUCAAGUACAGUUUCAAUAACGAAAAUCCAUCGCGUCAACUAGAAUAUUACGCUAUUGAAUUAACACAAUAUUACAUACACACACGCAGACUUACGCUAAACUAUUGCUAAAAAAUUAUUACAACAAUAACAACAAUAUUGACAAACAAAAACAAUUAAAAUUACAUUUAAAAAGAGAAAACCAUGUACGACCAGGAAAACGGUGUACGUGCUAUAACAAUUAGUCGAAUGUAUUUUAAACUCAUCGUCAAUAUUAUAAACGACAACGUGUACGCAAAUUUAAUUUUUAUCACGAUGGCGACAAAUUCUAGACGCUUACAGUCGAUAAAUAUUGCCAUUUUUCGUCAUAUAACUUUUGAUACCUGCAAAAAAAUAUCGAAAACUCAAUUCGAUUAACAUGGAAAUGGUUGUACUCAAUAAUAUUAUAGAAUAAAAUCUAGUCAAAUUAUUUUAGUAGCUUUUAUCAAAGUAUUUUUAGUCAUUUAUUGUACCGAUAAAUCAACUGCGACUAAGUUUGUUUUAAUAUUAAGGAUUUACAGUAAAAGAAAAAAAUAA